AUGGCCUCAGCUCGUCAAGUUAACAUUGCCAUCAUCGGCGCAGGCGGAGUAGGAAAGUGCUUCCUCUCCCAGCUCGAGUCGCUGGCCGCUCGCCGCCAGAACAAGCAGAAGCUGGUGCUCACCUACAUCGCCACCAGCAAGAAGGCCGUCUACAGCGACUCGUACUCGCCCAUUGCCCUCGACAGUGUCGUCUCGACACUCUCCUCGUCCUCGCAGGCUCCCCUCGCCCUCCCCAAGCUCGUCGACUACCUCGCCGCCUCGGGCACCAAGACCGUCCUCGUCGACAACACCAGCUCGCAGGACAUCGCCGAUGCGUACCCCAGCUUCCUCCGCCGCGGCAUCAGCAUCGUGACGCCCAACAAGAAGGCCUUCUCGGGCUCCUACAAGCUAUGGCAGGACAUCUUCGCCGCCAAGGAGGAGGGCGGUGCGCUGCUAUACCAUGAGGCCUCGUGCGGCGCCGGCCUGCCCGUCAUCUCCACCAUCAAGGACCUGGUCGAGACGGGCGAUGAGGUGACCAAGAUCGAGGGCGUCUUCAGCGGCACCAUGUCGUUCCUGUUCAACUCGUUCGCUCCGACAUCGGGCUCUGGCGGCGGCAAGUGGUCCGCCGAGGUGGCCAAGGCCAAGGAGCUCGGCUACACGGAGCCCGACCCGCGCGACGACCUCAACGGUCUCGACGUUGCGCGCAAGCUGACCAUCCUGGCCCGCUACGCCGGCCUCGAGGUCGAGUCGCCCACUUCUUUCCCCGUGCAGAGCCUGAUCCCCAAGGAGCUCGAAUGGAGGAGGUCAAAGGCCGAGGCCGCGAAGGAGGGCAAGGUUGUCCGCUUCGUCGGCAGCAUCGACGUGGCCAGCAAGCAGGUCAAGGUCGGUCUCGAGAAGUUCGACCUCUCUCACCCCAUUGCUUCGCUCAAGGGCAGUGACAACAUCAUUAGCUUCUACACUAAGCGGUAUGGAAGCAACCCCCUCAUUAUCCAGGGCGCCGGCGCCGGAGGUGAUGUUACCGCCAUGGGUGUCACCAGCGAUCUCCUCAAGGUGCUUGCUCAGCUAUAA